AUGUGGUGGGGCCUGGCUCAGCUCUGUGCCUGGAUCCUGUCUGUGUGCUCACUGGCUUUAACACCAGCCCAGGCGUGCAGGGAGCUCCAGGCACUGCCUUCACACAGAAGAAGCAGCAGAGAUGUUAAUUCUCCAGCUCCUGUUGACUGUCAGCUGAGCCAGUGGUCAGGAUGGACUGAGUGCUUCCCUUGCCAAGAGAAAAAACACCGGUACAGGCGGCUGGAGCAGCCGGCAGAGUUCGGAGGGCAACGCUGCGCGGGGCACCUCUGGGAUGAGCAAUCCUGCCGAGCUGAGACACCCUGCUCAGGGCCACCAGGGUGUGGGCAGGACUUCCAGUGCAAGGAAACAGGGCGCUGCAUUCAACGGCAUCUCGUGUGCAACGGAGACUGGGACUGCAGAGAUGGGUCUGAUGAGGAUAAUUGUGAGGAUGAAGAUAUUGAAAACCCUUGUGAACAUCUGUUCCCAAUCCCAGGGAUGGAAAAAAUAGUCCAAGGGUACAACAUCCUGACGGAGGAAGGGAGGCAGAAUGUUUAUGACCCGGGGUAUUUUGGAGGGUUCUGUGAGUACGUGUACAACGGGGAGUGGCGGGAGCUGCGCUACGACGCCGCCUGCGAGCGCCUGUACUACGGCGAGGAUGAGAAGUAUUUCCGCAAGCCCUACAACCUCCACUUCUACCAGUUCCUGGCUCAUGCUGAUUCUGGGUUUUCUUUUGAGUUUUACGAGGAUUCAAAGGACCUGCUUGAUGCCCUUAAAAGUGAUAAAUCCAGAUCAACAGGCUUCACCAUUGGAAUUGGGCCUGGAGGUUUACAUGUCAUGCUAAACCUGGGCCUCACUUUAUCAGGUGGCAAAGGAUCCCUGAAGAAUUUCACACAAUAUGAUGCAAAGAAUGUUGGGUUCAUUAGAGCUGUGACCAAGGUGCAGACAGCCCGCUUCAAGAUGAGGAGGGACAACAUUGUUUUGGAUGAAGAUAUGCUGCUCUCCCUGCAGGAGCUCCCAGACACCUACAACUAUGGCAUGUAUGCCAAAUUCAUCAACGACUACGGCACCCACUUCAUGACAUCUGGCACCAUGGGGGGGGUCUUUGAGUACAUCCUUGUCAUCAAUAAGGAGGAGAUGAGAAGAAAAGCCACCAGCAUGGAGGAGAUAAGUGCCUGUGUUGGGCUGUCCCUUGGCCUUACAGUCAGCAAGAACCUGGAUCUGGGUGUAAGCCUGACACACUCUAAAUGCAAACAGAAAGGACUCCUGAAUACUGAUGCUGAGAGCCACAGUGCAGUUGUGGAAGAUAUUAUUCCCCGGAUUAGAGGGGGAGACACCAGUUCCAGUGGAGGGCUCCUGAAGAGUUGGGAUGGCAAUAUGUACCGUCACUGGGGCAGGUCAUUAAAAUAUAAUCCUGCUGUUAUUGAUUUCCAGCUGCAGCCCAUCCACGAAAUCCUGCGCAGGAGCAGCCUCGGCCACAUGAGGAGCAAAGAGCAGCACCUGAGGAGGGCUCUGGAUGAGUUCCUGCUGGAAUUCAGCCCCUGUCGCUGCAGCCCCUGCCACAACAACGGGGAGCCCGUGCUGCUGGGGGACAGCUGCUCCUGCCACUGCCGCCCUGGCCACCGAGGAGCCGCCUGCCAGCACACCCAGCGCCCAGGCGGUGAGACGGACGGGCGCUGGAGCUGCUGGUCGGGCUGGUCCCCGUGCCAGGCGGGGACGGCGCGGCGCAGCCGGCACUGCUCCAACCCUGCCCCGCAGCACGGCGGGCAGCCCUGCGCUGGCAGAGACCUCCAGAGCAGAGCCUGCUGA